AUGAUCCCAGAGGAGAUUCAGAGACUCCUGGAAGAUGCUGAAUUUUACCUGGCGGAUGGACUGCAGAAUGAAAACUUGAGUGCGAAAGCAAGGGAGCAGAGGGAUGCAAUUCUCUUUGGCUUCCAGCAAGUCAAAGCCAGAUAUUUCUGGGAUCAGCAUGAUGCUGGCUAUGGACAGGACAGUUCUGAUGAAAAUCAGAGCUGGAGUUUGGCCCCUUCCAUGACAUCUGACGCUUCGUUUCCAUCAGACUUCCAGGAUGAUGGAUUGGAAGAAAUGACACCGAAGCCUGUUCAAGACACCGGGAACAUUUUGAAGCAAGGGUAUCUGGAGAAGAGGUCCCGAGAGCACAGCUUUUUUGGGUCAGAGUGGCAGAAGCGGUGGUGUGUCCUCAACAGAAGGACCUUUUACUACUAUGCCAAUGAGAAAAGCAAGCAACCUAAAGGCAACUUCUCCAUUGAGCACUAUAGUGCCCGCCUGGCUUCCCAUCUGCGUAAAGACUCUCGAAAAAGAUGCUGUUUCAAGUUAACCUGCCCUGGCAAACGCACCUAUGAGUUCACAGCCCCGAGCCCAGCAGAGGCCGAAGACUGGGUGGAUCAGAUCCAGUUCCUCCUGAAAGACCUGAGCUCCCUCACUAUCCCAUUUGAUGAAGAGGACGAAGAAGACCUCUACAAUGACGUGGACAGUUCUGACUCUGUGAACACAACAUCCCACAAUACUACCCUGAAUCAAGAUGAGUCAAACGUUGAGAUGGAAGAGGACGAUGACAUCUAUGAGGUUUUGCCAGAUGAGGAGCUGGACCCCCCCUUCCCAGAGGACAGCGAGGACGCCGGGAGCAGACAGAGAAGCGGAGGUCCCCGGCGAGAUUAUGCCAAUUACUACCAAGGCAUGUGGGACUGCAGCAGCGAGCAUCCCGACGAGCUCUCCUUCCGCCGUGGGGACCUCAUCUACAUCCUCAGUAAGGAGUACAACAUGUACGGCUGGUGGGUCGGAGAGCUCGACAACGUGGUCGGCAUCGUCCCGAAGGAUUACCUGGUGGCUGCCUAUGACCUGGAGGAGCGAUGA